UCACCGUGGCGACGUUUGUACGCUUCACGAUCGGAUAUCGGUGUCAUGGAAAGUUAGUUGGGACAGUUGUAACUAGUGACUUAUUAAUGAACAAAAAUAUAUUCAAUACUGAUUAGGUAUUUUAGAUAUAAACGACAAUCAUGGCAAGCCGCAGUUAUCCGGCAAAUACUCAAAUCCAAAAGUUUCUCGAGGAAUCAUACCUGAAAGAACAAGGACAACGUUUAACAUGGUAUGCGAAACAGCAAGGGCGCAGGGAAGGUGGAAAGUCAAAACAGUUUGAAGUGUUCAGGAGGAAAAUCGAAAAUGAAUCUAAACCAGAGGGUUUAAUGGCCAGGGUUCCAAAAGGUGUAAAGGAGCCUAGAUAUAAUAAGAAAAUCACACGUACGGACGAUACUCUCUGUGAUAAAUCUGACGGUAUUAACUUACUUAGCGCCGAAAUGCGGCCAGUACCAGCAUCCGUCACUGAAAAAUUAUAUGAUGGAUUUACGAAGGAGGGUAAAGGAAGAUACCAGUAUUUACGUAAGAGAAACGAGAUGAAUCCCGAGGAUAAGUUCGAGUUUCCAUUGUUGAAUUCGUGGGAGUACGGAUGGAGGUUGAGCGAUGUGAUUAAAAAAGAAGAAAUUAAAAAGCCUGCAAAUGGACGGACAAGGAUCGUAGCUGACACAUUUUAUACCAGGACUGGAAUACCAACAUAAUUCUUUAAACUUAAUGAAAGACAUUUGUUAUUGAAGAAAUCAUGAAUAUUAUUUAAAAUUUGAGAGAAAUCUUUAACUUUUUUACCAACAAAAAUAAGUGAUGAAUUUUCCGGAAGGAUAUUUUUUUGUUCAUUUAUUCAACAACUAUAAGAAGUGUUUUAUCAAUUGCUUUAUUAACUGACAUGAAUAUAAUAGCCAAACUAUUAUAGAUCUUUAUUUAAUUGAUUGUUAUAACUUACAAAAUAAAUUAGGAAAAUUAAAUGCAUUUUGAACUACAUGUAGAUCUAUUGUUUUGCUGAUUAUAUGUUCAUAUAGAUCUGAAUCUCUCCUUUCAUAUAAGAGUUUUUGAAAACAUGAUUUGUUACGGUAGAAAGUUAUUCAGAUGUCUCUGAAUAAUUGAAAUAGUAUUUCAAAAUAAUAAUUUGAAACUUUUUUUUAAAAAGGGAGAUCUCUAUACUAUGUUUGUAAUAAUGUGAAAGGUGAUAUAUGCUCACAAAUUAUUUAUGUGCUUUAUUUUCUUUAAGCUCAAAUAUUUUCAUGUAUCACAUUUAGUUUAUUCUAGUUAUUGUUUGUUUAUUGUCAAAUAAGAGGUUGUCCUUUUAAUGAAAUAAGGAACCUCAGCUCUUAUCCAAACUCCGUCCAAAACAUAUGUUAAUAUGAAUAACAUUUUAACAUGAGUGUGUAAAUAUUAUCAUUGUUCAUUGAUUUAUUAUAUAGAAUUCAUGUUCAUGUUUUUACUCUUUACCUUUAUCAUAUAUAUUUUAAUUUUAUUGAUGCAACAUUGUUCUUUAAUGUAUUGAAAGAUUAAAAUAUUGUUUUGUAUA